CGACCUGGCCACUGAAAUAUUUUUAGACGACAGAAAGUUUGCAGUCUGUGUUUCUUUUGGUUUUUGAUGCAUGCGGUUUUUCACGCUCUGUCUCUCGAAACCGGAUUCCGGGGCGGGGCGUGAGCAGCGCCGCGGCCGCCCCUGCAGCGCUCUCGACCGGCAGGCGUGUUCAGCGAGCGAUCCCCCGACCCGGAGCCGAGCAGAAACACACCCGAGAAAAACUGCACGGAAAUCAGCAGGGUUAACGGGGGAGAGGAAGGACGAGUACCUGCAACACACACACAGACCACGACACCUUUCAAGUCUAAGAUUAAUACCCACGGAACGGGAGUCCGACGGAACAAGGGGAGUCGCUGUGGGUUUCGCGUUCAGUUGCACACCUGAUUGAUGAUCACUCUUACCUGAUUCAUCACCGCCGCUGGGGAUUUCAGUUUUCUUUUCCUUUCAUAAUAUUUAUUAACCUUUGGAAGUAUGACGGUGAAACUGGAUUUUGAAGAAUGCUUAAAAGACUCCCCACGUUUCAGGGCAGCCAUCGAGACGGUGGAAAGCGAUGUAACGGAACUGGAGGCCAAAUUGGACAAGCUUGUGAAGCAGUGCAACACCAUGCUGGAGUCAGGACGUGUGUAUUGCAGUAACAGCCGUCAGUUUGUGGCCGGGGUUCGAGAGCUCGGCCAGUACUCCAGAGGGGACGACAUGAUGAGGGAAUGUUUGGAGAAGUUUUCCAGCAAGCUGAAUGUGAUGAUUGAAGCCCAGGGGGAGCUCAUUGAAACGACUCAGAAGUCAGUCAAACAGCAAAUCCAGAAUUUUGUAAAAGAGGAUGUGAAGAGGUUCAAAGACACCAAGAAGGAGUUUGAUAAGAGCAGCGAGAGUCUGGAGAACUCUCUGAUCCGCAAUGCACAGGCGCCGCGCAACAAACAGCACGAGGUGGACGAGGCCAGCACCGCCCUGCUCACUGCCAGGAGGGCCUUCCGCAACGAGGCGCUGGACUACGUACUGCAGAUCACCGUUAUUGAGUCAAAGAAAAAGACUGAAGUUUUAUCAGCUAUGUUGUCUCUGGUGGAGGCUCAGGCCACGUUCUUCGCUCAAGGGUACGAUUCCUUCAGAGAGCUGGAGGAGUACAGGAAAGAUCUGGCAGGGCAGCUCCAUCACCUGGUUCUCAACUCGGCGCGCGAUAAGAGAGACAUGGAGCAGCGACACGUCACGGUCAAGCAGAAGGAUAUUUCCUAUGACGACUCGAUGAUGGAGUUCAACCCUGAAGCCCGGAAUGGCGUCGCCAUGGAAGGCUACCUGUACAAACGAGCCAGCAACGCCUUCAAAACCUGGAGCAGACGCUGGUUUUCCAUCCAAAACAACCAGCUGGUUUACCAGAAGAAACUCAAGGACGCAGUGACGGUGGUUGUGGAAGAUGUCCGGCUCUGUACAGUGAAGCAAUGCCCAGACAACGAGCGGCGCUUCUGCUUUGAGGUCGUGUCGCCUUCCAAGAGCUGUCUCUUGCAGGCUGACUCAGAGAGGCAGCAGCAGGCCUGGGUCCUGGCGGUUCAGAACAGCAUCGCUACGGCCUUCCAAGAACACAGAGAGGACAGCCCAGGAUCGCGUCUGGAGCGCACAGCCUCGGUUUCAGGAGGGGGCGGAGCCGGGAUGGAUUUCCCCAGCCAGAGUCGGGAGAACGUCGACAAGCAGGCGCUGGAGCAGGUGCAGCGUAUCCGCGGCAACGACCAGUGCUGUGACUGUGGGGAGCCCAACCCAGACUGGGCAAGCAUUAACCUGGGAAUCACACUCUGUAUCGUCUGCUCUGGGAUACACAGGAGUCUCGGGGUUCAUUUCUCCAAAGUGCGAUCGCUGACCCUCGAUUCCUGGGAGCCGGAACUGUUGAAGUUAAUGUGUGAGCUGGGAAACUCCACCAUGAACAGUAUCUAUGAGGCCCGUAUUGAUGAGAUGACCAUCAAGAAACCUCAUGCUGGGAGCCCCAGGCAGGAGAAGGAGUCCUGGAUCCGCUCCAAGUACGUCGAGAAGAAAUUCAUCCAGAAGCUUCCGGAGACGGGACGCCCUCUGCGCCGGUCCAGUGCCCGUCGGAACCGGGCCAACACCCAGGAGCGUCCCAGCGCCAGACCCCCCCUGAAACCCAAACCGGGCCGUGCCACCCUGCCCCGACUCGCAGGUUUACCCAGCAGUAGCCCGGCCAGCAGUCUGAGUUCAAGCCGCAGCAGUCUGGCUUCUAACAAAGACGGGGAGGAGGACCCGGUUGAAGACAGGGCGGACCGGGAGGAUGAUCUGAGCACGCUCCACCCCGGGGCUCUGCUCUUCCGGGCCGCGGCGCUGCAGAGCUUCCCCAUGAUGGCGGACGCGCUGGCGCACGGAGCCGACGUCAACUGGGUCAACGCCGCUGAGGAGAACCGCAGCCCGCUGAUCCAGGCCGUGAGCGCGGAUUCCCUGGUGGCCUGCGAGUUCCUGCUUCAGAACGGAGCAAACGUCAAUCAAACCGAUGCUCGGGGGCGGGGCCCCAUCCACCACGCCACGACCCUGGGUCACACGGGGCUGGUGUGUUUGUUCCUGAAGAGGGGAGCGGAUCAGAGCGCCCGGGACGGGGAUGGCAGAGACCCCCUCACCAUCGCCAUCGACAACGCCAACGCAGACAUCGUCACACUACUACGCCUGGCCAAGAUGAAGGAGGAAAUGAUGCGCGAGAUGGAAGGGUCCUACGGCCAAUCAGGUGAUGAAACGUACCACGAUAUCUUCCGAGACUUCUCUCAGAUGGCGUCCAAUAACCCAGAGAAACUGAACCGCAGGAGUGACGACCUUAAGACCUCCACACUGUAGGGGGCGACGAAGUGCCCUGCCUGUCACUCGCUGCCUGCUAUUGCUGGGGAGGUUGUCGUGGCGAUUUUAGGCCACGGUCAGCCUGGUAAACAUUAGGAGGGGAGACUCUGAAACCGUGAAAUGCUGCCAUUGUUUUUCACAAUAUAUAUAUAUAUAUAUAUUUUAUUUUUUUUUUACUUCAGGGCUUAAAGACUUGUGUCUCUUGGUUUCAGGUAAAAUAAAUUAUCUAAAGCAAAACAUUUAUGGUUGACUAAUAAAGACCUACGAAGUGUUUUAAGAUCUUCAGUAAAUUUGUAAUGUGAUUUGUUGCUACCUGGUUGUAAACAAACUUUGCAUUGGAAAUGUGUCAAUGUGGAAUUGGUAUAAAAAACCUGCCAUUUAAAAUGUCUGUUCGUUAGGUCGUUAAUUAGUGUGUACGUUAAAACCGCACUUUAGCCAUCUCAGUAAAAGACCACCUCUGCUUUUACCAACCGUUUUUACGUAUGUGUUUGCCUGCAAUACACUAGCUGUGCACUAGGUGGUGCUGGCGUGCAUUAGUAUAAAUACCCUUUGACUGCCUACGUUAUGUCAACAGAGGUUUUUGUUCCCCAUUGCUUUAUAUGGGGAAAUACCGGCAUCCUCAUAGGAGGUGACCAUGCAUUUGCGUGCUAGUCUUCCAUUUUAUAUUUCUCUCUCUCUCUCUAUAACUAACCUGUUGGGGUCCAAGCCUUCUCAAUAUUCAUUGCGAUAGGGACCACUCUGAUUUGCAAGCAUCAUAAAUAGGCAAACAGAAUGUAAUUGGAAACCGUUUGCUCGUUAAUAUAGCAAAUUAUGAAUUUGUCGUUUUUGAUUCAAAUGCUGAUUCAACAUUUUCUAAUGCAAAUACGGAAGUGCGUAGGAACAAUCACUUUACCAGACUGAGCCAAUUCGCUUCAAAUUACUUUUUAAAAUCCUUUCAGCUGCAGUUACACCUUUUGACCAAGUGGUGGCACUGUGUGCUAAGGUAACAUCGAUCAAAUACAGCAGUACAAAGCAAAAAAAAAAAAAACAAUGUUAUUUUGCAGCCCUAGGUGUUAAAAGUGUAAAAUAAUAUAUGACGUUGUAUGAGUUUGUGUCUGUGUUUUAAUAGCGUUGUCAGUGUCACUGUGUGUCCCUUGUUCAAAAGAUCAGUAAUACUGCUUGAUCCCCAGAACAGAGUCAGAAAUCAAGGCUUUAAAAUCCAUUCUCUUACUGCUUAUUAGCUUUAUUAAUAUUAUUACUGGUACCCCUUUUAAAGGAGCGCUGACCAUCUUUAAAAUCCAUUCUCUCAUCACAUAUUAGCUUAAUUAACACUCGCUGGCCCAUAAGUCCAUCUACCUGCUGCACACAUUUGUGCAUUAUCUGCAUAUUAAGCUUUUAAAAAAAGCUGAUUUUCAGAUCAGCACUGCAGAUUACCCAGGAGUUGCUGCUGUUUCCUGGUAGCUGGGCACUUCCUGUGCUGUAGGUACAGUCUCUCAAGUUCAGAGAUCUGUUGGGGGUCAGGCAAUGUCACUGGUUGAUGGUUUUUAUAAAGAUGAGGAUAUCAUGAAACUGCACUCCAGGAUCGGCCGUUUUGGCUCUAGCUCCUCUAUUUGGUUCACAAUGCUGUCUCCAUUUGUGAGCCAAAAUGGCGGCAGUUGCCGAACCUGGUCUGCUGUUAAUUUCAGUUAAUUUCAGGCCUGCUGUGAGACAGCUGUAUAGAUUCUGUGUCUAUUUGUGUUUUAAUUGAUUUGCUGUUUUUAUUUUUUUCUUUCUGCAUCAUAAAAAGAUUUUUAAAUAAACUAAUUAAAUAUU